CUUAGAUAAAAUUUCAAGUUUUUCACUUGUUAUCAAAAGAAAGUUGAAUUAAACCAGUAUGCUUGCUUUUUACUAUAAACAGAUUGCUAGUUUUAAUUAGCUACAAACGAAUAACAAAUAUGUAUAUUUUGGGACUACUCUAAGAAGUUUGCAUACCAGUUUACGUCUGUCGUAAAUUAUUGUGGUAUUGUUUGUCAUCUCGGCACAUUUGAGAUAAUGAGACAUUACUUACUUAAUCUAAGAAAUUAUUUUUUACCUAGAAACAUAUAAAAAAUAAUAAACAUGCAAUCUCAGUGGUAAUAUACCCUCACAAUACUUACGAAGGGCCGAGUUAUUACAGGAAAAUUUUGCUGUACUCAAUACCGCUUUACUAAUGAUAAUAGACAAAAGUGGUUUGCAAGUAACAUCAAUAACCACCCAACCAAUUCCUUUAACUAAUGCAAGACAAACUAUGGCAGAUGAUACGUCCUGCGGCAUAGUUGUUGCUGAUGAAUUUAUAAAAAGAAUAACCGAUAGCAGCCUUAGCAUAUCAUCACCUUAUUCGCAAGAUGCAGAACAGUUACGCUUAUCUAAGUUACCUUUACUACAGGAGAAACUUGGAAAAGAAGAUUGUGUUUAUCAGCUUUUUAAAGAACCAGUAAAAUUUAAAGAAACUGACUUAGAUGCCGUAUUUAUUCCCUUACAAGUAGAAGACGGUCUUGUGUUAAUAAUAGAGCAAAUACGAGAAAAAGUAGAAAAGAUAGUAAGUUCAAAAGAUAUAAGUGUCACAGAUAAAAUUGAUCAAUUAAAGGAAAUAGAGGAAAAACACUAUAAACCAUUUAUCAAACAACUAGCUUAUAAGAAAACUCAAAAAGAACUAAAGGAUUUAGUAACAGUCCUGACAGAUUUAGGGUAUUUAACUACAAAGUUAGGAGGGUUAACCGGCGAACUAAAAUAUUACACUGAUGCUGCAGUGUUCUACCAAUAUGUUAUCACUAUACUGGAUGAAAAAGAUGGAGCAUUUGGAAAAAUUUUAAACAAGGAAGAGACAAAUCAUUUUAUCAAAUAUGAACUAUCAUAUCUGUAUGAAAAAUUAGCUCACAUACAACAGCUAAUAUUUUCUGCUAUUGGUGGGAGUCAGUUAAUAAUAAAAAUAAUAUCCAUUAUAAACGUUAAAGUCGAGUCAGACAAUAAUAAAAAUAUAUUAUCAAUAAUACGAGAAGAAACCAAGGACAGGCUACAGGAAAUAGAAGACUAUUGUCAACAAAUAACUAAUGCCGAAGAGGGAAAACAGUACAAUCAGGAAUUAUAUGUAGAAAAAUCAAAAGAGUUGUUUGAAUCAAUAGCUGAUAAAAUGCAAGGAUUUCUAGCAAAACUAUAUAAGGAUAGUGAAAAAGAAAUGUUUAUACAGACACCUUGUAAAUACGCAGUAAUAGCUUUGGGAUCAAUGGCGAUUAAGCAAAUGACACCAUAUUCAGAUUUAGAGUUUGGUAUCCUUACCGAAAAUGCAGAUUACAAACAAAGCGAUAAUCCUAAUAUUAAAAAUUAUUUCAAAAACCUCAGCCAUUUGGUGAAUUUUAAGGUAAUCAAUUUAGGAGAAAGCAUAAUUCCAACGAGUAGAUAUGGUUUAGAUAUGAGCCACUUAGUACAAAGGGCAGUAAGUUUAGAUACAGGAGGAAAAACUCCACUAGGCAGUAAUAACAAUGGUAAAAUAUAUGAUUUAGUACAAACAGUAGAUGGGAUGAUAGCUUAUGUGCGUAAUGAGCUAAAUCAGGUAAGUCAUAUAGAUAAAAAUCUGCCAUAUAUAUUAGAAAAAGUUUGUCAUGUACAUGGUGAUAAACAAAUAGUACGAGAUUAUCAAAAUAAAGUAAAGGAGUUUUUAAACAGAAAUGAAGAUUAUUCACAAGAUAGAUUAAAUCGUGAGAUAAGAGCCUUAAAGUUACUAACGGAAGAUGUAGUAGAAGUUGAUUACCAAAAUUCACAAAUAUUUGGGUCUAAAUAUAAAGAAAAUAUGUUUAAAGGUGAUUUACAUAAAUUACAACCUAACUUAGCGAUGACAGAGGGCAGAUUGUUUAACGUUAAGCAGAGCAUUUACCGAUUACCUGAUCGUAUGGUAUAUAAUCUUGGAUUGUAUUAUGGUAUUGAAGGAGAUAGUGCUUGGGAUACAGUAAAUAAAUUAAGAUAUCAAGGAAUAAUCAGUAAACAAUCAGCACUUAAUCUAAAAAAUGCUAUAACUUUUGCCUUUAUCAUUAGAUUAAAGACUUAUGCUCACUAUAAGUCACAGAAGGAGGAUGUAUCAAUAUUUUCUAGACCAGCUGAAACUGAAUCUGAACUCAAAAAACAAGUUAAACAGGUAUUCCAUUUAUCUGAGGAAGAUUUAGGAGAACAAGGUAGGUUGUUUCAAUAUUUUUAUACUGCUCUCGCAUUGCAUGGAAAAAUAAAGAAAUUUUGUCACCAAUAUCAAAGAUUAAGUAAAGAAAACAGGCAAACUUUUUUUAAGAAAAGUAACUUUUACAAGGAUAAUGUAACUAAUAAAGGUUUUAUCCAUUAUAGAUUAGCGCAAUAUAAAAAAGCUCAAAGUUAUUUUGAGAAAGCGUUAGAUGAUCCACAUAAUAAAGAUAAUUUGAAAAUAAGACACAUUUUGGGAAAAAUAUAUAUAAGUUUUGGCAAAAACAAACAAGCUAAAGAGCAAUUCAAGCAUUGUUUAAAUGUUUAUAAACGUAUUUACCAAGAUAAACCUCACCCGGGUGUUGCUGCUUCUUUAAAUAAUCUAGGAGAAGUGUAUAGAAAUAAAGGACAAUAUGAUAAGGCGAUUAAGUACUAUAAUGGAAGCCUAAUGAUGAACAAACUCAUCUACCCUGAUCAAAUUCAUCCGUCUGUUGCUGAUUCUUUAAACAAUCUAGGAGAAGUGUAUAGAAAUAAAGGACAGUAUGAUGAGGCAAUUAAGUACAUUGAGGAGAGCCUAAAGAUAAAAAAACUCAUCUACAAAGAUGAACUUCAUCCGGAUGUUGCUGCUUCUGUCAAUAAUCUAGGGUUAGCUUGGUCUGAUAAGGGACAAUAUGAUGAGGCGAUUAAGUACUAUAAGAUGAGCCUAAAGAUAGACAUUUUCUUCUAUCAAGAUAAACCUCAUCCGGAUAUUUCUGGUUCCUUCAAUAAUCUAGGGAACGCUUAUUCAGCUAAGGGAAAAUAUGCUAAGGCAAUUAAGUGCUAUGAAGAGAGUCUAAAGAUGAGAAAACUUAUCUACCAAAAUGAACCUCAUCCGGAUAUUGCUGCUUCUUUCAAUAAUCUAGGGAACGCUUAUUUCGAUAAGGGACAAUAUGAUCUGGCAAUUAUGUACUAUGAGAAGAGCCUAACGAUGAAAAAACUUAUCUACCUAGAUAAACCUCAUCCGGAUGUUGCUGCUUCUUUAAAUAAUCUAGGGAACGCUUAUUCCAAUAAGGGACAAUAUGAUCAGGCAAUUAAGUACUAUAAUGAGAGCCUAAAUAUGAGCAAAGUCAUAUACCAAGAUAUACUUCAUCCGGAUGUUGCUGCUUCUUUAAAUAAUCUAGCGAACGUUUAUUGCGAUAAGGGACAAUAUGAUCUGGCAACUAUGUACUAUGAGAAGAGUCUAAUGAUGAAAAAACUCAUCUACCGAGGUAAACCUCAUCCAGAUGUUGCUGCUUCUUUAAAUAAUCUGGGAGAACUUUAUAGAAACAAAAGACAAUAUGAUGAGGCGAUUAAGAACCAUGAGGAGAGCCUAACGAUGAAAAAACUUAUCUACAAAGAUGAACUUCAUCCGGAUGUUGCUACCUCUUUAAAUAAUUUAGGAGAAGUGUAUAAAAAUAAAGGACAAUAUGAUGAGGCGAUUAAGUACUAUAGUGAGAACCUAAAGAUGAACAAACUCAUCUACCAUGAUCAAACCCAUCCGUCUGUUGCUGCUUCUUUCAACAAUCUAGGAGAAGUGUAUAGAAAUAAAGGACAAUAUGAUGAGGCGAUUAAGUGCUAUAAUAAAAGCCUAGGGAUAAACAAAUGCAUUUACCAUAAUUAUCAUCCAUCUGUUGCUGCUUCUCUCAAUAAUCUAGGGAACGUUUAUUCCAUUAAGGGACAAUAUGAUCAGUCGAUUGAGUACUAUAAGGUGAGCCUUGAGAUCAACAAAAUCCUCUACAAAGAUGAAUCUCAUCCGGAUGUUGCUGGUUCUUUAAAUAAUCUAGGGUUAGCCUAUGCUGCUAAAGGAGAAUAUAAGGUUGCCCUUGACUAUAGUAGUGAGGCUUUAAAUACACUAUUGGUUUUCCCGAACCAUCCUUAUCAAAACAUAAUACAAAAUUUUGUUUUGGAACUAGAGGGUAAUUUAUCUACAACCAUGUCUGUCACUAAUGAUAAUAUUUUUGCGGAUGUUUAUCUGUUAGGGGAUGAUUCAUCUGCAACAAAUCAGAACUUACCACCAGAUCUACAAAUAACAUGAUUAUUUCCGGUGAAGAACAGAAAAGAGUCUCUCACUUUUUAUACUUAAACCGAGUUUGAUGUAACAAGGAAUGGAAGAGCUAUAUCUUUUAUUUGAAUCAUACCUACUUUUCUACCAUUUACAAAAGAUGCAACAGAACGUCAAAAAAUUUUAUGAUAAAAUUUACUAUAUGAGUGAAGAUAUGGAAAAUCGUAUGAAAGGGCAACUGUUACAGCAAUUUGCCAAACGCACUUCAUGCCCUAAAUAUUGGGCUAAUCAACUCAGAUUAAUUUUUUCGAGUUUUGCAUUACAUUAGUAAAAUAUACACGUAAUAUAUUUUUACAUCAGUUUUAAAGUUUUCUAGAACUGUACCAGAUUGAAAGGAAAGAAUAAAGAUUUAAUGUAAAGAGAUUACUAUAAUAUAAAGGACUGAUUUUACAACAUUUAUGCUAAUAUUAUCAAAACCUGGCUGAAUAUUUAUUCCAUUAUUAUUUUUAGCAAUAAUUUCUUUAAUUACGCUUCACGCCGAUGUGGCAUUUCCGUUAACUUUUUCAUCAGCUUAGACUCGUAAAAUUUUUUUGAGGGUUUUUUCAAAUAUAUUUUUUAUAAAA